GGACCGGGGCUGGACGCACGUCGAGGGCUGUGGCCGCCGCGGCAGGGCACGGCCACCCCACCGGCUGCGGGCCCAGCUUCCAGGCGUCUGCGCAGAGGUCGAGCUGUCGGCAGGGCAGAGCUAUAGGGCCUGCAAGGAUGCUGGCUGUCCCGGAGAUGGACCUACAGGGGCUGUACAUUGGCUCCAGCCCACAGAGGUCUCCAGUGCCCAGCCCACCUGCCUCCCCAAGGACCCAGGAAAGCUGUGGCAUUGCCCCUCUCACACCCUCACAGUCUCCAAAGCCCGAGGCCCGAGGCCCUCAGCAGGCCCCCUUCUCCGUGGUAGUGGCUAUCGACUUUGGCACCACAUCCAGUGGCUAUGCCUUCAGCUUUUCCAGUGACCCUGAGGCCAUCCACAUGAUGAGGAAAUGGGAAGGUGGGGACCCAGGUGUGGCUCACCAGAAGACCCCUACCUGCCUGCUGCUGACCCCAGAGGGUGCCUUUCACAGCUUUGGCUAUACAGCCCGCGAUUAUUACCACGAUCUGGACCCUGAGGAGGCUCGUGACUGGCUCUACUUUGAGAAGUUCAAGAUGAGGAUCCACAGUACCACCGAUCUCACUUUGAAGACCCAGCUAGAGGCAGUAAACGGAAAGAAAAUGCCUGCCCUGGAGGUGUUCGCUCAUGCCUUGCGCUUCUUCAAGGAGCAUGCCCUUCAGGAGCUGAGGGAGCAGUGCCCGUCCCUGCUGGAGGAGGACAGUGUGCGCUGGGUGUUGACCGUGCCUGCCAUCUGGAAGCAACCAGCCAAGCAGUUCAUGCGGGAGGCUGCCUACCUGGCUGGACUAGUGUCGAGAGAGGAUGCAGAGCAAUUACUCAUCGCCCUGGAGCCUGAGGCUGCCUCUGUCUACUGCCGCAAGCUCCGUCUGCACCAGCUCUUGGAUCUGAGUAGCCGAGCUCCAGGCAGAGGGUGCCUGGGCGAACGCCGCUCCAUUGACUCCAGCUUCCGUCAGGCCCGAGAGCAGCUUCGAAGAUCCCGCCACAGCCGGACAUUCCUGGUGGAGUCGGGUGUUGGAGAGCUGUGGGCUGAUAUGCAAGCAGGAGAUCGCUAUGUGGUGGCAGACUGUGGGGGAGGCACAGUGGACCUGACAGUGCACCAGCUGGAGCAGCCCCACGGCACCCUCAAGGAGCUCUACAAGGCAUCUGGCGGCCCCUGUGGCGCGGUGGGCGUGGACCUGGCUUUCGAGCAGCUGCUGGGCCGCAUCUUCGGUGAGGACUUCAUCACCACCUUCAAAAGGCAACGUCCAGCAGCCUGGGUGGAUCUGACUAUAGCCUUCGAGGCCCGCAAACGCACUGCAGGCCCGCACCGUACGGGGGCGGUCAACAUCUCCCUACCAUUCUCCUUUAUUGACUUCUACCGUAAGCAGGGAGGCCACAAUGUGGAGACGGCCCUGCGCAAGAGCAGCGUGAACUUCGUGAAGUGGUCCUCACAUGGGAUGCUCAGGAUGUCUUGUGAGGCCAUGAACGAACUCUUUCAGCCCACCGUCAGCGGGAUCAUCCAGCAUAUAGAAGCACUGCUGGACCGCCCUGAGGUGCAGGGUGUCAAGCUGUUGUUCCUGGUGGGCGGCUUCGCUGAGUCGGCUAUGCUGCAGCACGCGGUGCAGGCAGCUCUGGGCACCCGUGGUCUGCGUGUGGUGGUUCCGCACGACGUAGCCCUCACCAUCCUCAAAGGCGCAGUGCUUUUUGGGCAGGCGCCAGGAGUGGUUCGGGUGCGUAGAUCACCGCUCACAUACGGCGUGGGCGUGCUCAACCGCUUCGUGGCUGGUGUUCACCCGCCUGACAAGCUACUGGUUCGCGACGGUCGCCGCUGGUGCACCGACGUUUUUGAGCGCUUCGUGGCCGCCGAACAAUCGGUGGCCCUGGGCGAGGAGGUGCGGCGCAGCUACUGCCCAGCACGCCCAGGACAGCGGCGGGUGCUCAUCAACCUGUACUGCUGCGCCGCAGAGGACGCGCGCUUCAUCACCGACCCAGGAGUGCGCAAGUGUGGCGCGCUCAGCCUCGAGCUCGAGCCAGCAGAGGGAGGCCCCGACGCCGCCGGAGCGCCCCCCGGCCGCCGCGAGAUCCGCGCUGCCAUGCAGUUUGGUGACACUGAGAUUAAGGUCACCGCCGUCGAUGUCAGCACCAAUCGCUCUGUGCGUGCCGCCAUCGACUUUCUUUCCAACUGAGGGCACAGUGCCAGCACCCCCCCACCCCCAGCCCAACAGAACUCUUUGCCCAGGGCUGGGGCAGAUAAAUCCACCCUGUUUCCUGCCAUCCUGCCCGGGGAGGUGAGGUCGCAGGAGGAAUGAGUGGGGACAUAUCCAGAAACUUAGGCUUUGGGAUUGGGCCUCAGUCCUCUGACUGAAAGGCUGAAGGGCACGUCCAAGGAGGGAGGCCAAGGAGACUUAAAAGGUUUGCAAAGGCUUCCCGAUAGGGAGCACGUGGUCCUGAAAGCAGACUGCAUCAGAAGGCUUGACCCUUGGCCUGAAGUAGGGGCCAGGGUGGGAGUUGGGGGGUGAGGGUGGGGGGUACAGCUCCAGGCAGGGCAGCAAGAGCGAGGAGGUUGUGCAGGGUCUGGAGCCGAAAGGCAGAGUGCACGGACUGACUGGCUCAGCCUGUAUAGGGAGCCAGGCAGGACAAGGACUGGAGCUGACAGGAGAGGGACAGAAGCAGCAGGACCUUCCUGGGUGUGGUACUGACCACCCAAGUAUGAAUGCUAACUGUAGAAAGGGCAGUAGCAGGCUAUGAGAAGGGCACAGGCAAGGGGGAUGUGGGAUAACAUGCUGAGGGGGGCUUUCCUUUCCAUCUGAGAAGGCCCCAGGGGCAGCUUGGGAAUGACCCACAUAUUUAUCCAACCAUGGAGAGGGAGGAGGGUAGGGAGGACAGAAAGAGCACUGGUCCCAGCUGUCAUCAAUUUAGUGUACCUGCCCUCCCAUGACAUGCAGCAGCCCCACCUGCCUGAGAACCCUAAGGUGACAAUAAAGCUCAAGGUGA